GUUCACCCAAAAUUCUUGCAUUCAAAUGCCACCAGUCAUAAAUGGGCGUUGGGAGCUUUUGCUGAGCUUCUUGACAAUGCUAUGGAUGAGGUACACGUGCUGUGGUUUCCUGUUCCGUUAUUUCCUUUUCUCUUCUCCCUUCUUCCACCACCUUAAUCACUCCCUUUCUUUGGAAAUAUUUUUCCUUCAGGUUUGCAAUGGAGCUACCUAUGUCAGUGUAGAUGUGCUGGACAACAAGAAAGAUAAGGGUAAAAUGAUAUUAGUUGAAGAUAAUGGUGGUGGAAUGACUCCAGAUAAAAUGCGCUCAUGCAUGUCUCUUGGAUAUUCAGCAAAAAGCAAAUUAGCAAAUACUACUGGCCAAUGCGAGUUUAUAUGUCUGUUGCAGCAGCCAAACCAUCUCUGUUCUGUUAUUCGGGCGUGCUAAAAAGUUUUAUUGGAUCAAGCUGUUUUCCAUAUGCAACAAUUGCCUUAUUGUUUUGUAAUGUUUUUGCAAGAUGGAAAUGGUUUCAAAACAAGCAGUAUGA